CAUUUAUAGUGUAAUAAGAAGCUCAUGCCAGUGGAGUCAUCUGGGGCCCUCAAACAGUUGUUGCACUACAGUUCCUUUUGGCUCCUUGGGAUUGUAGUUCUACUUCACCUAGAGGGCUGCAGACUGGACAUCAUGAUUCCCUCUGCACUCACCCAUACCUUAAAUGCACGUCUGUCCCUUAUUCCUAUUGACUUCCCCUCCUCUUUUUUUUUUUUACCUGAAACCAAUUCGCUGCCUCGUCACAGAAGGGGUUAAACAAAUGCCAAAUUCCUUUCGUCUGUCCUGCCUAACAGGCUGUGCAACUUAAAGCAAAUACAGAGACCAGGGAAGUGAGUGACAUGGAGACUGACAGGGACACAGUCACAGCCUGAAAAAAACACCUUAAGGACACCGACAAUUAAAGAAGAGGUGCAGGCAGAGCCAGACUGGCAGCAACAAGGCAAGACUGGCAGAGGCACGGGCAAGACUCUUAACAUCCAGAGAACUGGGCUCCUCUUUAUAUAUCUAAACUGCUGUUUAAACUCAUCUACACUUGUGUAGAGCUAAUCCCUCUCCUAUACACGUUUAUGUGCACCUAUAGUGCCAAUAGCCUGUAUUUGUUUACACCGAGACGUAUCUGAACAUGACAUUGCGAGGCUGAGUCAGAUUUACUAAACAGCUGCUCCCUACGGUGAAGAAGACGGAAGAGGAGCUGUUCUGUGGUACAUCUCUAAAGAGAAAUAUAGAAUUUGCGAAAGGGUGUGUAUAGACCCAAUAUAUUCUGUUCUGCAUUCCUACCACUAUCAAAAAAGUAUUAUGGCCACAUCAUCCAUACGCCGGCAAAUGAAGAACAUUGUAAACAAUUACUCUGAAGCAGAAGUCAAGGUGAGAGAAGCCACUUCCAAUGACCCAUGGGGUCCAUCUACAUCCCUCAUGUCUGAGAUAUCUUUUAUGACAUACCAUGCGGAAGCCUUCCCCGAGGUAAUGAUUAUGAUUUGGAAGAGGCUGAAUGACAAUGGGAAGAACUGGCGCCAUGUGUACAAAGCUCUCACCCUCCUGGAUUAUCUCAUUAAGAAUGGGUCGAAGAAGGUGGUAGAUGAGUGCAACGAAAAUAUCCACUCUGUACAGACACUGAAGGACUUUCAGUUUAUGGAUCGCGAUGGAAAGGAUCAAGGUAUCAAUGUGCGGGAAAAGGCAAAGCAAAUAGUCUCCUUGCUGAAAGAUGAGGAGAGGCUGAAACAAGAAAGGAUACAAGCGAAGAACACAAAAAGGAGGAUAUCGCAAGGAUUCAAUGCCAUUAGCACUCGAAAAAUAAGCUUUAGUCAAGCUGCUUCAGGCUCAUGUUCAGAGCUCUCUCCAGACCUGGAACAAGCCAGACCCCAGAGUAGUGGUGAGGAAGAACUUCAGCUUCAGCUUGCGCUAGCCAUGAGCCGGGAUGAGGCUGAGAAGAAGAAUGUUCCUUCAGCCCCGGAUGAAGAAGAAGAGCAGCAGCUGCAAACAGCAUUAAACCAGAGUAAAGAAGAAUAUGAAAAGCAAAUGAGGUUGGCUCAUGGUGAGAAUUCGUUGAUUGAGAGGGCCCUGAACCAAUUCCAACCGUCUAGUGAAUAUCACGAGUUGGAAGCCAUCAAGAAACCAGAGAAAUCUGAGACACAUCUUUUGGAUCUGGUUGAUAUAUUUGGUCCUGCACCAUCAUCCUCUACAGACCCCUGGAAUUCUGUCUCUUUACCGCCACCAAAUAAUGGCCCAACAAGAUCAGCUUCGUUUGGGUCCUUAUAUCCAACUUGGGCAACAAGUGGAGUUUCAGCCAUGGGUUCUUCAUCACUUCCUUGGGAUACUCCUUCUCCUAGUACCCAGCUUCGUGAAGAUCAGGCAAGCCAAAGCAUAAUAUUUGGAUCUGAAUCAUCGGCAGGCUUACAGGAAUCAAUGAUUAUUGUGAAGAAUCCUCCUUCUGAUCCAUGGGGGGACAAUACUUCAAACCUUGCUGGCAACACCUUCAAGUCUCCCUUGAUGUCUGAAUCCCCUUUUGAACUAGAUGUCUUUGGUGAAGUUGUCUCCACCACUAAGCUGAACACAGAUAGUCUUGAUUUAAAGGCUCUUGAAGACUCCCUUGAUGAUGCCAAGGCUAACCCUCGGUGUCGCACCCCAGAAUCCUUUUUAGAUCCAGCUGCACGGUCCCUUGUCAAUCUGGAUAGCCUGAUUCCAGGCCCAGGUUCUAGUGCCAAGAAUCGAAACCCCUUUGCUUCUGGACUCAGCACACCAACACCUAACAACCCAUUCCAACUGGGAGAGCAGAAACUUUCUCUAAACCAGAUGAGACCCACCUCCCCAGAGCCGGGCACAGUGGUUCCACUUAUACCUGUGCAGAAUGUUUCUACCAUGCCAGCCGUCUCUAUGGGACACAUACCAAACACCUUACCAACUCUCUCUACAGGGCCUGGCUUUGUUAUGCCAAAUUCCACCCAGCUUCUGAUGCCACUGUAUGGCCCUGCAGCUGCAAUGGGAAUGCCUCCCUCACUGAGUGUCCCACUCCAUCAGGUGCCAGCUAUACAUCAAGCACCUUUCAGUUUACCACCACCAAUACUGCCACAAUCUUCCCAGGUUGGGAACAAUCCUUUCCUGUGAUCCUUAGCAAUGUAAAUGCAUUGCAGGUUCUGAAAUCACAUCUGUUGGCUGGGAUGAACCAUUGUGGCUAUACAGACAGUUAUACAUUGAAUUUGUGACCACUUGUUGCAGGGCGGCGGUAACACUUAACAAACCUGUCUAAUUAGAACUUGCAAACCAAGCAAGAAUUGGAUUCAAACAAAAUAACUGCUUUAUUUUCCUUAUAACAUGAACCGGCUUCAUUCCCUGAUUAGAUGGACUAUACUGGCCUCUCUAAUGGGUAAUUAUUAUGAAUCAGUAUCUUUGCCAGGCAGCAAUGAAUGCCCUCUAGUCUAUAAAUGUGGGCACACAAUCCUUACCUGCCUAAUUGCUCCUGGUGCCAGAAAUCAUUAACAUUAUUGCUGAGUCAGGUGAAGAAUUAUUCAAAUGCCUUCUUCAGCUGCAAGAUAUACCCUGAAACUGUCAUGUUAUUCUGGCAAUUAGCACAUCUCAUUUACAUAGCAAUUAGAUAAAAUGGCCUUCUGACAAUGCGGGUUUUAAAGAAACAUGAUGACGUGGAUUCUUUUGUGUUCUGUUCUAUUUUGGUCUAGCACUUUCGAGUUCUUUCACAUGCAGAGACAGAGAGGGGAUACAGGUGGUAUAUGAGGUGCAAUGAACAAACCUAGGCCUUUGUAUUAUUUAACAUAAAUAGCAUUGUGACUUCUUUUGUGUUGUAACUUCUUCUGUGUAAAGAUCCAUAGCAAAUACACUACAAAAGUAUCAGAUGGGAAAUCUAAAGAUAUAUAUAGUAAUAAAUGGAUUAAUAAAAAUAUUGAUUUUGUGUGGA